CCAUAAUGCAGCCCGCGGGCUAAUUUCACCACGGAGCCCAAGCAGCAAGAAAGUGUAAAGAUUGAUAAGGGUGUCCGAGCGAGGGUAAACUCGGUACCCGACAUGAGCUCCACAGGGGAUCAUCCGCAUGGGACGAAAAGGCCGGCUGAGCCGCACGAAGCGUCCUCUGCAUGGGAAUCGGCGGAUCUGGGCAACGACGAGAGGAAACAGAAGUUUCUGCGGCUGAUGGGCGCUGGCAAGAAAGAGCACACCGGGCGCCUCGUCAUUGGAGAUCACAAGUCAACUUCAAACUUCAGGACAGGGGCCGAGGACAAGAAGAUGAACUCUGAGUUGGAGCAACAGUACCAGCAGGGUUUGGAUGGGAAGCUGUCCGGCAGAAACAGGAGACACUGUGGCCUGGGAUUCAGCGAGUCCAGCUCGCCGGCAGAGAUCACAGAAGGCGAACAGGGGACAGACAGCACAGAGGCCACGGACAGCCAAGAAGCGAAAGAGGAGGAACCGUCGACAGAGUCAAAGGCUGGCGAUCAGGAGCAGAGUGAGGACUGUACAGAUGGCAGAAAAGAGGAACAGAAGCGUGUUUUCAAAAUGGCAUUCGUGAAGUCCUCUUAACUCAGGGACAGAGGUGGGGAGGUGGGUUUAAUCACUCCACUCAUUUUGUAUAUUUCUUUCGUCCGGACAGUUUCACCAAAUGAUUUGGCCGAGUCUUCGCUGUUUUUUCCCCCCUUUUUUUUCAUUUAAAGUAAAAUACACAGCUUGGUUGUUCUUCUUCCAAUAAAGAGUAAAGCUUGCCUGUACUUUGGAAAGCAACUUCCCUUUUUCCAAACUAUUGUGGCCUGGAUCUCAAAAAGGGGAAAACUGCUUAAUAGUUUUUUAAAACUUUUUUUUUGUAACUUAUUUUUAAGCCUUUCUCUGAAAAGAAGUGAGGAAUAUUUUGUAAUGGAUUAAUGUGCUUGGUAUCCAUUGCAUUUAACGGAACAGGGUGGAAUUAGCAUAAUAUGCCUUUUAAAUUCUCUUUGAAGUCCAGAGUGGAGAAUAACAAAUGUAUGAAGCACCAGCUGAAUAUCAAUAAAAAUGGAAAACCACA